UGGGUGUUCUUUCUUCUUCGUUUUAACUUCGUUUGAGAAGUAUAAACCCCUCUUGUCCUUACCACUUUUGUACUUUUUAACUCUAUACUUUUUGCUCAAUGGACUUCAUACAAGGCAUCGGAAAUAAACGUGGUAACAGACGCUCAGGGAGCAACAGACGCUCCUACAACAAUCGAAGGUCUUCCAUAUCCUCCGUCAGUGGACCACCUCUACUUAGUAGUAUCAACUUGAAUAAGAAUUUUCUAAAGAAACAGAAGCCAUUGCAAACAGCAGCGAACAGCAGCAAUACUGAGCACUCCAAAAGCCGAACUACUACUGUUUUAAAUAAUAAAAAAAGCAGCAGUAGUAUUAAAGAGAUGAUUUUUACACAACGUAAAAAGCUGAAACCAGAAAAAUUAAGGAUCGACACAAGUUUCGCAGCACCGACAGAUCCAAAUAAAACCAAUGGUGGAGAUAUAUACGCAGAAGUAGCGAAACAUCUGAAUGUUGAUAUCAAGAAAUUGGCUGCUAGCAUUUCUAUGGAGCGCAAUACUAUUUCAGCCUCGAAAACUGCUUCAUCCAAAAGAUUAAAUGAUACAACUACCAUAAACACCAAGAAGUCAGCUCCUGGAAACUACACCAAAAUCCUUUACAAGCAGAAACAAAAAGGCAUCACGUACAAACUCAUGAUUGAAAUAUCGUAUUAUAUCAAAACUUCUGAAAGCUGGCUAGAAAGGUUUAUUACUGAUGGAGAGAUGCAAGUUAUUGCAAACGAGUUGAACAAGAUUUAUCAUAAACAAGAAAAGAUGCCUAUAAGCUAGAAUUAGAGAUUCUUAAAUGCCUAAAUACUCUGAUGAACAAGCAGUCGGGACUGCGGGAAGCAUUUCAGCAUCCAGACAUAAUAUAUAAUAUUUGUCUGUCAUUGGUUUCACCUUAUAUACCUUCACGAACACAGGCUUGUGAAUCUCUGACUGCCUUCUGUUUCUUGCCUCACGGACGUGACAUGGUUCUAC